AUGGGAGCUCCUCGUCGUCGGAAGCAGCAGCUGGAGCAGCACGCGGCGCUCGUGGCCCAGCUCGCGGCCGUCAAGCAGCAGCAGCAGUCGCUCCGCGAGGAUAUGCUGGCGUUCGCCAAGGCGCCGGCGGCCCCUGAGAAGGCGGCGGCGCAACGCGUGCUGCGCUCCCUCCGGCAGUUGACACCGGAGGUGACAGUGCUGUGCGCACAGACCGGAGCCGUCGUCGAGCGCGUGGCCAAUGCCAACGACGUCGCGGAGAAGAUGACGCGGGAAGUGCGACGGCUGGAUGUGAUCCAGUCGCGUCUCGGCGUGGCGCUGGAGCAGUCGGCGCAGCUGCUGACGCUGCGCAACGCCCUGGCCGGGAUCCGGCGGGCCAUGCAGCAGCAGAGGUACCCAGAGGCCGCCACGUUUCUCCAGACGCUCAAGAACAUCGAGCAGCAGAUGCCGCUGGAUGUUGCGGAUAAGCUUCGAGUGGAUACAAUCGAGAACGAUCUCAAGGGGGUCAUUGAAGGCGCGUUUGACGAAGGGCUCCGUGCUGGCGACAACCGCAAGGUGCAGACGUACGCGCCGCUGUUCAAGGCAGUGGGGAAAGACUACGAGGAGCAUGGGCUGGUCAUGUUGCUGGAACAUGUGCAGAAGGCAUUGGAGGAGUCUUUGAAGAGGAACCGAGAUCCACGCGUUGGGGUGUUUAGUACCCAAGAGCUGAUCACGCAUCUCGCUGAGGUGUUCAACCAGGUUGCCCAAGAAGCUCAGCAGCAUGCGGGGCUGAUGUCGCAGUGCUUUGAGAGAGUCCAUGGCCCCAAUCGAUUUGUGGCGAAGCUGUAUACGCUCGGAGAACAGUCGGCGGUUGCGGUGUUAAACGCGUACAUGACGCAACGCAAGUUUCAUGAUCGAAUUGCCAACGGAGAGCAACCAGGCUCGCCUACUUCAACCGCUCCACUGUCGCCUUCGAAUCGCAGUGCUAGUAACCGUGGGAUGCAGUCUGCACCGGGAAGUCCCCGAGACGAUGGCGUGGCAGUCAUGAACGAACAGUUGAAUGAGAUGGCGCUUGUGAUCCAGCACACGCAGACGUACGAACGCUUCAUGCGUUCACGAGUGAGUGAGAUGGGGAAAAGUGUCCAAGAGCUUGCGGGCUACUAUUGCUUCUUCGAAAACGCACUGCUGAACCAAGCUGCUCGCAAGGCGUUUCAGUGGGAAGAACUUCAUUUCUCGUCCGGCGAUGGCAGCUCGGGUGACUUUACAAUGGGCGGUGCAGAUGGUGAUGACGGGCUCGUGUGCUUUCCGAUCUCAUCGGCCAUUGAUGAGGUAUUCUACGUCGCGCGUAAUUCUGGUCUCCGUGCGCUGGCUACAGGUCACACAGACUGCGCUGCCGGUGUCUUGAACAUGAUCACCACGGUGCUACGCGAUGUUGUGGGCGACACUAUGCGUAGCCGCAUCCGUCACAUGACCACAUCCGCCAAGUUGGACAGCUCGGCCUCAGGUGACGCGGCGAGCUUGUUGGCAGCGUCUUCAGCGCAGCUGCGUGAUCAAAUGCAACAACAAUUCGCUAAGCUAAGUAAAACCGUUGGGCCUGUUGGUGGUGUCAACGCCGGCGAAACUGCCGGGCAGACACCAGAGCAGCGCAAGGAGCACGCCCCCGAUGUUGUGCUGAACAGCCUAGAAGUUACUUCUGGAUAUAUCGCACAGCUAAAGGGGGAGUUCGAACAUGAGCUGCCUGAAGCUUUUCCGGAGGUGCCGCAGCACAUUAUGACCUGCCUGAAUGCGCUUGAAGACGCUUCAGCCGAGCUCAAGCAGCUCCUUCUCGCGUCACGCAAAAAGCUCCUCAAGCUGCUGGAGCCCAAGAUUGCCAGUUACCUCAGCAGUUUGUUGUCUCCGUCGUCGUCGGCGUCUUCUGCAGCGUCGGCUCUGGCUGCGUCUGCAAACGCAUUGUCGUCAUCUGGAUCCGCUUCUUCGAGACGCAGUGGCGUGCAGUACGAGCUGACGGAGGCUAUGUUCACCUUCAAUGAGGCGAAUGAUCCAUUUGCCCACGCGUUUGUGCGUGGCCUGCGUUCGCUGCUAGCAGCUUUUCGUGGUAACCUGUCACGCAGCAACUACCGUGCUAUCGUGCAGGGGGUCGCAGUCUGCUCUGCUACCCAGCUCGAGUCAUGGUUCCUCUCUCGGGCCACUCGCAUUAACCAGCUCGGCGCGUUGCAAUUUGACAAGGAUGUGCGAGUGAUCAGCACAUUCCUUAGCGGCGAAGGAGGUGCAGGUGACGAAGUCCGUGAGGCAUUCGCUGCUCUGACCCAACUGUCCGAGGUGCUGAAUGUGGACACACCGCAGGAUGUGCAGGACGUAUAUGGACGCAGACGCCGUGGUGUCGCCUGGACACUGCCGGCAGCUCGCGUGAAAGAAGUGCUUUCGCGUCGUGUGGAGUUUGCUGAUGCUGCGAUCAAUAAGCUGGUUCUGAAAUAA